AUGAACGACGACGCCAACAGGAUCAAAGUGGUUGUCAGAGUUCGGCCUCCUCUUCCGAGGGAGCAGGCUGAAGGGGGCUCAGCUUGUAAAUCUAAAUCACUUGUUCAAAUUUCAUCAGAAGAAGUUGCCACGGCACAUUUGCACCAUCCCACGAACCAAACCAAAAAGACGUUUCACUUUGAUGAUUGCUUUUCCUCUUUUGACAAGAGUGAGUUAUCCUACACCGACAAUGGAAGCUUCUACGCACGAAAUGGUCCCGAACUCAUGACUCAUUUCUUUGGAGGGUACAAUGUCUGCUUUCUAGCGUACGGCCAGACUAGUUCGGGAAAGACUUUUAGCAUGAUGGGGGAAAAACAGCACCCGGGAAUGAUUCCUUUGCUCAUGCAUGACAUUUUCAAACAGAUGGAAGUGUUGAUCGGACAAAAGAUUAGUUGUGAGUUGAAAAUCUCAUACAUUGAGAUCUAUAACGAGCAAGUGCGAGACCUUCUACGAGAUUCCGAGAUCAAAUGCAGGAUCAGGGAACAUCCGCAAACUGGACCAUACGUUGAAAAUGUCAAGGAAUACUCGGUGACGAGUUACAACCAGUUUGUUAAAUUGCUAAACUUGGGCAACGGUAUGAGGACCACGGCGCUGACGUCGAUGAAUGACAAGAGUUCGCGAUCGCAUGCUGUGAUUACUCUCACUUUGAAACAGACGAAAUUCGAGCGCGCUUGUUCCACCACCACCACCAAUGGUGCCGACUACAAUGAUGAUGAUGAAUUUGGCGACGCUAGUGAGGAAACGAUAUCCAAUAUAAAGCUCGUGGAUUUGGCCGGGUCCGAAAGGAUGAAAAAGACCAAUGUCUACAGUCAACAGGAAAGAGUCAAGGAGGGCGCGUUGAUCAACAAGUCAUUGACCGUUUUGGGCAGGUGUAUCAAUUUGCUCGCUACUAAGUCCACCCUCGUGGUACCUUACAGGGACUCCAUAUUAACAUACCUUCUCAAGGAGAAUUUGGGGGGCAACUCCAAAACCUGUAUGCUCUUUUGUGUGUCGCCGUUUGAUUACGAAGAAACCCAUCAAACGUUAAGCUAUGCAAACGAAGUGAAAAAGAUUAGCACCUCGGCAAAGGCCAAUAGAACGAAAUUGAAAACAGCCCCCAUCAACUGGGAAGAGCUCCGAGCAGAUGACACUGUGGUGGGGACACUUCGAAGUGAAAUCGAUAGGCUUGCUGGUGAGUUGACGAAAUUGAAAGUUGAAAACGUCCCCCUGCAAGAUUCAAAGCAAGAUGCAAAAGUUUCCAACUUGUUGGAAUAUCUAGAGAGGCGUUCUGCGAAACUCGAGUUUGAAAACAAAUACUUGAAGCUGCUGUUGUCCAUCAAAGACAAGCACAUUGUCGAAUUGACUAAGCACGUUGAUUAUUUACACAGGGACUAUCAAAGUUUGUACGCUUCUUACCGGGAGAACCAAAUGAAACAAUUGCAGCAAGCACGCGUGCAGCUCCUUGGUGAAAUUGCACAGUGUUGUGAAAGCAUGGAUAAGGAUCUAGAAAGGUUUGAUCCGAGCCAAUUCUAG